GAAGUGGUUGCCGGAGACACAGUGGAGACAUUGGGUGUUUGAGGUCAUCAUGAAGGUGAAGAGUUUUACCAUUUCCUCAAGGUCAUCACUGAAAGGAGGCUCCUUGUUCUGGGGCAGCGGGCAGAAGGAGCACCAGGCUGGGCUACCGGAAGGCUGCGUUUGACAUCAGCCACUUUGCAGAGGUGCCGGUCUGUGUCAUUGCACACCCUGAGUUCCAGAGAGUGGACACUGAUGCAUUCUCACCAUAGCCUCAAGAGCUGCUGCUACAGCUGGAGAAAGCCAUGGCUGCCACUGUAGACCUCAGUACCCUUGGAGGAUGGCUGCCAGGGUGAACCUUCCUGCCCGAGACUCUCCACCUGCCCCCAUGGCCUGAUGAUCAACUACAUAGUGGACAGACUGGAGGAAAGGAUUAACACCUCUGACAAGACGUUGCUCUUCUUGGGCGGGCCUGCAAUGAAAUGUAUGGCCACCUUCCAGAACAUCGACAUAUCCCAAGAGGAGGAUCAUGCCAGAAACAUUCUCCUUCAUGUCUUUGCUGUAGACAUCAACAACCACGCAUCAACGACCCAAGGAGGUGCAUGUGUGACCACUCUCUGUGAUCAGGGAGUUGGUGCUGUUGCCGAUGUACAAGAGAAUAAAGGAUUGCCUGCAGUUCAGAGGCUCUCAAAACACCUUCCAAAAAUCAGCUAUGCUGUUUUGUGGUACCUGUUGAGGUCCCUACCCGUGAUGUUUCAACACUUCUCAUUUAAUCCAAAGACAACUUUGAAGUCACUGUUGUGUGUUAUUCCAAGCAUGCUUUCCCGUCAGCAACCCACUUUCAAGAUACCAACACUGGAAGAGAAUCAGAAGAUUUCUGUUAUACAUUGUCUGAUGAAAAAUUGCCUGUGGGUACGUAGAGAUGACACCACUGUAUUCCGGACGGAGCACCCCCAGGUGUUUCCCAGCAGCUUUGGAGCGAGCCUCAAUUUCAACAUCUCUGAGGAGAGUGCCAUACAUCUUGACAACAGCUUGGAACCUCACAUGAAACUGACUCAAAAGCAGCAGCCGGCUAAAACAUGGCUAUUUCAGCAUGUAUUAGGAAAAAGCCACAAUGAGAUGGCAUCAGCCGUUGCCCUGCGCACAUCCCAGCAAAAACCACUUUUUGGAUCUCUUUUGCAAGACGUGUGUGAGAAUGAUGAGCUGCCACAAGCAAUUCUGGAGAUGCUCUUCAUGAUUGAUCAAAAGGGUCCUGCCACAAAGACCAUCUUCAGUCAGUGUGCCAACUGGGAAGACUGUCAAGCCCUAAAGGAGAAGUUAAACUCUAGAGAGCAGGUCAACUGGGAAACCACAUGCCCUAUUUUGGUAGCAACCGUCUUGAAGGAUUUGCUUCAAAACAUACCUGGAAGUAUACUUACAGCCAACUUGUAUGAAGACUUCAUUGGAGUUCUGGAGGAAGGGAAUGAGGAGGCCAAGAUAGCCAUAAUUAAGAGGUUGCUCUUGUACAAUUUGUGCUUGAUCACUGCUUCAGGAUUUUUGGAAACCACCUAACUGCAACCAAUCAAGAGAAUGCAAAACGUGGGGACAACUACCGUGGAGUUUCUGAAACAUGCAAUAAUCUAAAAACUGUGCAAAUGAAGUUUAGUGAACAGACUUCCACAUCCAACAAUUCUCCCUCAGGUUCUCACCUGAGGCCAGCUCAAAAACAGCACUCUCUUAAAAAGUGG